GCUUGGCUAAAGGAAUGUGGUACACACUACAUUACCCAGCAUACGAGCGAUUUCGUUUUCCGGUCUGGAGGUCUGGGCAAUUUGCAAAGCAAAGUAGAAGUCACUCGAAAGGGAUUAGCUAGCAAGCGAGCUAGCUUGCUAGCAAAUAAAAUCUCUUUAGAUGUUGGAAGCAGACGCUAAGUUAGCUUCUUUGGACAGCGUUAACACAUCGAGCCUCUAACCCUGCCAGUAACGGCUCACUGUUCCUUUGUGUGUUGUCAGCGUGUAAUUGAGCUGAAACACUAGCUGUUGCCAUGGCAAUCCUGUUUGCUGUGGUGGCUCGUGGAACCACCAUCCUGGCAAAGCAUGCAUGGUGUGGCGGCAACUUUCUGGAAGUGACUGAACAAAUUUUAGCCAAAAUCCCAUCAGAGAAUAACAAAUUGACCUACAGCCACGGCAGCUAUCUCUUUCAUUACAUCUGCCAUGACAGAAUCAUAUACCUGUGUAUCACUGAUGAUGACUUUGAGAGGUCACGGGCAUUCAGCUUCCUCAGCGAAGUCAAGAAGCGCUUCCAGACAACGUACGGGUCGAGAGCACAAACUGCCCUGCCUUACGCCAUGAACAGUGAGUUCUCCUCAACACUGGCAGCUCAGAUGAAACACCACUCCGACCAACGAGGAUCAGAUCGUGUCACUGAGACUCAGAUGCAGGUGGAUGACCUAAAGGGCAUUAUGGUCCGCGACAUAGACCUGGUGGCUCAGAGAGGAGAGAAGCUGGAGUUGCUGAUUGACAAGACAGAAAAUCUGGUUGAUUCAUCGGUCACAUUUAAGACCACGAGUCGUAACCUGGCACGAGCCAUGUGUAUGAAGAACCUCAAACUGACUGUUGUCAUUGUGCUGGUAUGCCUGGUGAUCCUUUACAUAAUCGUUUCUGCCGCCUGCGGAGGCCUCAGCUGGCCCACUUGUGUCAAAUGAGAGGAUAAAGUAGAAGAUAAAAAAGAAGGAGAUAACAG